GGCGCGGCUGAUGCGUUUCGCGCAUUUCCUGAAGCUUGCGCUCACAGUGAAAUGGGUGAGCGCGCACAGGGAGACCGAUAGAGAGAGAGAGAAAAACGAGAGAGCGAUUGAGGGGAUCGACAGUCUGUCACUGGUUAGCUCUGUUAGCCGUGGGACCCACCGGACAAGCAGACUGACAUCCCGGGAAAAAAAGAGAACCAGCGCCGAUAAAUAGCCGACUGAUUUUAUCGGAGCUGUUUAGGCUACUGAGCUGGAGCUGCUUACUGCACCGGACACGGUGGAGGGAUCGCGGGUGUCUAGGUCACCUCCCCCGCCCGGGUCAGAAGCUGUUCUACCGGGGACAGUCUACGAUCAGAUGAUCAGGACUGGAGCUGUUCUCUGUGAUUCUUCAUCGGUGUUCUCUCCUCUCCUCCCGCCACCGAGACCGCUUCCAUAUUAUUUCCGCUAACGAUAACCUUCCUUAUAUCUACCAUCUGCACAGGACAGACUGUAAACAAACACAGAGGGCACCGUCUGUCGUCUGUCCUUCCCGAUCUGGUUUGGCGCGAUCAGGUUCGGUACCGGACGGUGUCCUAGACUAUUAGGGGCGAAUAGUUUUUUUUCUUCUUUUAAACUCAUGUUAACUUUUAACAUUACCGUGUGUGUGAGACAGUGUGUGUGUGUAGGCUAUGUGUGUAUCUGUGACAGUGUGUUGUAACUGUCAGAGUCUGAGUGGUUGAAUGGAUUCUUGGAUGUAGGAUCACCCAUCUAAUAUGGUGACUAGUUAGAACUAACAGACUAACAGACAGACAGACCAUCUGCACACACACCCCACCAUGCCAGUGUUCAGUGGGUUGUUGAAGGUGCGUGUGUGUGAGGCGGUGGAUUUGAAGCCCACCCCCUGGGCACUCCGCCAUGCAGGGGGGAAGAACUCAUCCUCAUUCCUCCUGGAUCCCUACCUCACCCUCAACCUGGACCAGACCCACCUGGGACAGACCUGCACCAAGAACAGGACCAACUCACCGGCAUGGAACCAGGACUUUACAGCCCAGAUGACGGAGGGGCGGAAAUUGGAGAUGUCAGUGUUCCAUGAUGCACCAAUCGGAUAUGACGACUUUGUGGCAAACUGUACCAUACAGCUGGAGGACGUUCUGCAGAACAGCAGCACACACUACCAGGCCUGGGUUGAUUUAGAACCAGAGGGGAAGGUCUAUGUAAUUAUCGAUCUGUCAGGAUCUUCUACUGAAGCCUCAGCAGCCAAAGAGAAUGAGGAGCGUGUGUUCCGAGAGCGGAUUGGUCCUCGGCGGCGGCAGGGGGCCGUCCGGAGGCGUGUCCACCAGGUUAACGGACACAAGUUCAUGGCCACGUAUCUACGGCAACCGACCUACUGCUCACACUGCCGAGACUUCAUCUGGGGAGUGCUGGGAAAGCAGGGUUAUCAAUGCCAGGUGUGCACGUGUGUGGUCCAUAAGCGCUGCCAUGAGCACAUUAUCACCAAGUGUGCCGGGAUGAAGAAGCAGGAGGAUACACCAGAGGAGGUUGGUGCCCAGAGGUUUAGUGUCAACAUGCCUCAUAAGUUCAGAAACCACAACUACAAGGCCCCUACCUUCUGUGACCACUGUGGAUCUCUACUAUGGGGACUGAUGAGGCAGGGCCUGCAAUGCAAGGUGUGUAAGAUGAAUGUCCACAAGAGGUGUGAGGCCAACGUAGCUCCCAACUGCGGUGUGGACGCCAAAGGCAUUGCCAAAGUCCUGGCUGAAAUGGGAGUCACUCCUGACAAGAUUUCCACUUCUGCACAGCGCAGGAAAAAGUUACCACCAGGGGUAGACUCCCAGUCACCUUCAGAACUCUCAGACGAGCUUCCCCCCACAUCCCCCUCACAGCACGAACUGGCUGAGUUGGAGCGGCUACAACGGGGGAUGUCGUUAGAGAUGCGAGGUUCUUCCUCCUCCUCCUCCGGUUCCUCCUCUACCUUGCGGGACAACGGAGCAGCGAAGAGGACUCUCAAAGACUUCAGCUUCAUCAAGGUCCUGGGAAAAGGAAGCUUUGGAAAGGUGAUGUUAGCAGAGCUGAAAGGCAGUGAGGAGGUGUUUGCAGUGAAGGUGUUGAAGAAGGAUGUGAUCCAGCAGGAUGAUGAUGUGGACUGCACCCUGACAGAGAAACGCAUCCUGGCCCUGGCUCGCACACACCCCUACCUCUGCCAGCUCUACUGCUGCUUCCAGACCCGGGACCGUCUGUUCUUUGUGAUGGAGUAUGUGAACGGAGGAGACCUGAUGUUUCAGAUCCAACGCUCCAGGAAGUUUGACGAGGCUCGCUCUUGCUUCUAUGCUGCUGAAGUCACCUCCGCACUCAUGUUCCUGCACCGCAACGGGGUCAUAUACAGGGAUCUAAAGUUAGAUAACAUAUUGUUGGAUGCAGAGGGCCACUGUAAGCUGGCAGACUUUGGCAUGUGUAAGGAGGGCAUCAUCAACGGAGUUACCACCACCACAUUCUGUGGCACGCCCGACUACAUAGCGCCUGAGAUCCUACAGGAACUGGAGUAUGGUCCAUCAGUGGACUGGUGGGCUCUGGGUGUGUUAAUGUAUGAGAUGUUGGCUGGCCAGCCUCCAUUUGAAGCAGACAAUGAAGACGACCUGUUUGAGUCUAUCCUCCAUGAUGAUGUCCUCUACCCCGUCUGGCUCAGCAAGGAGGCUGUAUCCAUCCUCAGAGCUUUUAUGACUAAGAACCCAGGCCAGAGGUUAGGGUGUGUGUUGUCUCAGGGUUGUGAGGAGGCCAUUAAGAAACACUCGUUCUUCAAAGACAUCGACUGGACGCUGCUGGAGCUGAGACGACUCAAACCCCCCUUCAAACCACGCAUUAAGACAAGGCGUGAUGUGAAUAACUUUGACCAGGACUUCACCAGAGAAGACCCAGUGUUAACUCCCACUGACGAGGCUGUUAUCAGACAGAUAAACCAGGAGGACUUUAAAGGUUUCUCUUUCUGUGCAGAGACACAGAUCUGAGAACGUAGAUGCCCUCUAGGGUUUAGAUGUGUGUGUGUGUGUGUGUGUAUAAAACCUGUGUUGAUUGUUUACGAAGUGUUGUGUCCGUAGAGGAGUCUUGACACGUGGACCGGUGCUACUGGUUACAAUUAUUACUGCUGCCUGCAAAAAAUAAAUAAAUAAAAACAUUUGUCAAAUA